CAACCUGAUCACUGAGUUGAAGUAUCGUCACCCGGCUUGACCGACACCGUCGAUUCAGAUCUACGCCGCAGAGCUCCUGAGUCUUCUGGAAUCUUACAAAUCCAAGAUCUGCGAAGAGCGGAAAGAGGAACGAUGGAGGCGGCGGGGGAGAAGAAGAGGAGGGUGUGCGUGACUGGCGCCGGAGGUUACCUGGCCUCGUGGCUGGUGAAGCUUCUCCUCAGCCGGGGCUACGUUGUUCAUGGCACUGUAAGGGACCCAGGUGAUCCAAAAAAUGCCCACCUGAAGAAUCUGGACAGUGCUGCUGAAAACCUGCAAUUAUUCAAAGCAGACAUGCUAGACUACAAUUCUAUAGUAUCUGCAAUUGCUGGAUGUGAAGGAGUUUUUCAUGUUGCUAGCCCUGUUCCUUCAAAGAAAGCGUCCAAUCCAGAGGUGGAGGUCAUUGCUCCUGCUGUUACAGGCACUUUGAAUGUACUAAAGGCAUGUUCUGAGGCUAAAGUUAAGCGAGUGGUAGUGGUAUCAUCAGUUGCUGCUGUUUCAAUGAGUCCCAAUUGGCCAAAGGGUAAGAUUAGGGAUGAGAAUUGUUGGUCAGAUGAGGAAUAUUGUCGGAAAACAGAGAAUUGGUACUUCCUUUCAAAAACACUGGCAGAACGAGAGGCAUUGGACUUUGCUGAGAAGAACAGACUUGAUGUUGUGACUGUCUGCCCAUCUCUCAUUAUAGGGCCAUUGCUCCAAUCCACCAUCAAUGCUAGCAGCUUAGUUCUCAUAAAUCUUUUAAAAGGUGUCCGUCCGACUGUGGAGAAUAAAGUUCUAUCCAUUGUGGAUGUUCGAGAUGUAGCUGAUGCUCUGCUGCUGGUGUAUGAGGAACCGAAUGCAUCAGGACGACACAUUUGUGCACCUCAUCGGGUGAAAAUGCAUGACUUAGUGGACAUACUGAAGAGCGUAUAUCCUCACUACAAAUAUCCUGAAAUUUUUACUGAGGUGGAGGAGGAUUCCGAAAUUCGUUCGGCGAAGUUGAACAACUUGGGAUGGAAAUGCAGGACUCUGCAGGAGAGCCUCACCGACACCAUUGAAUGCCACCGAGCUGCAGGUCUUCUGGACAGGGUGUAAAGCACAUCAUUUAGGUGCUCUAAUUCUGCUUUACGUGCAUCCAAUCUCGUGCAUUUAUCUGACAUUUCAGCAAGAGUGGUAUCUUUCGCCCCAAAAAAAAAAAUCAAUUAUUCGUAGCAAGUCAUCGAGUAAACCAAUUUGUAGGCUAUAUGGGCUGCAGCCAUGUUCGCCGUAGAACGUCUGUAUGAUACAGCCAUUCAAUAUGUCCUUGUGAAUUGCUUGGUUUUAACGACAUAAUUAUAGAGGGUGGCAUUAUGAGACUGA